CAACUAAUAAGUUUACUGUAAAAUUUUUGUUGCUUUUUUCGUCGUCGUUAUUUAAUAAUUUUUAAAAAGCUGAUCCUAAAAAUCAUCCCUCUAAAAUGGACAAUCUAUGUGGAUUUUAAAGUUUGAAUUUGCGCUCUUACUGAACAAAUAUGCACCGUACAAACGUAUUAUAUGUCUCAAAUAAAUCCUAAAAAAUUUCUUCUCAAUACUAUAUUCUCAUUUCAACUACCAUACGCCGGUCACUCCCUUUAAUGUAUCAUUUUAAUCUGACUAUUGUCACUAUCCAAAAUCCAGAAGUGUUAUUUUACGCAAAAUUUACAGUAAAUUACUAGUAUUUUAACAGCAAAUGUUAUAUAUAUAACCAUGCCUUAAACCUGAAAAGUGAAAUACUCAAACGUUCAAAAUUAUCAAGCUACGUUGACCAACUUAUUAACCUCAACCUAUUGGACCAAAAUUAGCAUUUGUUGAAUAAAUUUGCAUGUUUAUUGUUGUUUUCCAGGCACAAUGUUACGACAAGGAAUGGCGCAUUGUCGUCGUGUCAAAAUUCUUACUCAAAAUCGUAUCUUCCACACGUUCUUGAAACUUGAGUUUAGUAUGUACGACAACGGUGAAUACUCUCGUCUUCUGUACACCCGCCUGUCCCUGGACAAUAACUACCAGUACCUGGAUCCUAAUUAUGCUGUUGAACCUGAUCCCGGAGCUGUAGCAACCAGACUUAUAUCCACCCUACAGAGCAGGGAUGAGAAUCCUGGAACCCUAGAGAACCUAGAAGGAGAAGUUCUGAACAGAUUUAAGGAGUGGGCGUCAAGUGUACAGCUCCGGGUUGGAUAUCUGAUGCAUCUUAACACAAAAAUUAACUCAAGACAGUAUUUGGAUAGAGUUAUCGAGCAGAUGGGUUCAGGAGAUCUUAAUAAUUUGGAACCACACGAACUUGUUGCUCUUCUUCUUCUAAUUUACUUCAGGAAGGAUCUAACAAUUGAUGAUAUCUGUCAAUAUCUAGAUUUAGAUGAGCUGCAGAUUGUGUUUGCGUUGAAGAUCCAGCGAGGUCAACUGAAGCCUGAAGAGAUCUGUGCUGGUUGUCUUGGAUUGAAGAAAAUUAAAAAUCUGCGGAUAAAGAACGAUGUACUAAGACAUGUACUCUAUGACCUACUGAAUACUAAGAAUCUGGAUUCAAAAUUUAAGGAUUUCUACUUCAUGACGAUAAUAUCCACCUUGACGAAAGGAAACCAGGUCUACCACGAUAACCCAGUCAGCAUUGAGAAGGCGUUUCUUAGUUUCCUUGAAUACAGCGAGGACGUAUCUGUGAUGACCGCUAUAAAGAUGAUGACGUAUGGAAUAAGCAAUGGGUUAGAAAACCAAGAAUUAACAGAUAAGGUUUGCAACCGAGUCAUCUCCAGCAUUGAUCAACUGAACUGCAAGGAUAUGCUUGGACUUACAUACUUCUUCUCUAAGUCUAACUAUUACAACCUUAAACUCCUUCUGUUACUAAAGGGUGAAAUAUCUCGAUUGUUUGAAACGGCGACCUCUGUUGAAGAGCUAGUUGAUGUAUUAAACUCCUUGAGCCACCUCGCUAUUAAUCAUGUUUACAGGAUGGAAGUUAUAACUCCAUUUAUUCAAGCUAUGAAUGAUAUUAAACUAAGCGAAGUGAAACAUUCGAACUUAAGUACAAUGGGGAAGGAGAUGAUAAAGAACAUUGCUGAGAAACAUCCUCACAAAGAUGCCCUGCUAGCGGAUACAUCCAGUAUAGACCAGAAUAUAAAGUUGUCCUCUUCCCUGGUUCGAAUCCCUGCCUUCCUUACAUUUAACCUACGCCUAGAUCAGGUUGACCUGGAUCUAGAGUUAAACAUGGAUUUGGCAGCUUUAAUUCUUUCUCUUUUUCAUAAAAAGAUACCUUUACAAAUCCAAACCCCUCAGAUGAGUUCGGAUAAUCUGGAGAACAGAUCGAAGCUUCUGGUGAACUGUUACCGUGGGGCUGUCAAGAUUCUAGGUUCACCAAGAUUUGUCGGUGUUGGACGAAUCCUUCCACACUUUCACGAUCCAGAUAUCAUCUUUGGAAACAUUGGAGGAACCCCUGUAUCCAUACCAGAGUAUCUUACAGAUUUAAGUAUUCUUAGACCCAAGAGAGCUCCGGCUGGAGACUGGAAUGUCCUUGUAAUUGCAAACAGAAAAAACUUGAACUCUGAGAAUAAAUUGAUAGGGACCGAAGAAGUAAAGGUUCGACAACUCGAGUUUCUAGGAUUUACUCCGAUCGUAGUUCCUUACUCCAAGUUGCUGAAUCCUCUCAGUGCGGAGAAAUCUAUUCUUUCCUUCCUGAGAAAAGACGAUAUUUCUCUACCUAACGUGGAUGAAGGAUGGACGGAGAGAAAUAAGAAAUUUUAAAGCUUUUUAUUUUGAAUCCAUAAAAUGGAUUUGUUACAAAUAAUUUAUUUAUAAUAUUUUCAGAA